AUGUCUGUCGAAAAACGCCGAAAUGUUGUACUGUCGUGCAAAUUGUGUUUCGCGUGCAUGAGUCCGUUGCAUAUGUUCGACACUUGUUCGUCAGAAGGAGGGUGCCGUUCAUGCAGUAGUAAACGUCAUCACACCUUGCUACAUCAUGAACAAAAUCGAACGUCAGUUGUAAAUAAUACGACUCCGAACACUAACCCGAUAUCUCAACCAACCACGUCUAGUGGCGGUUCUACUUCGUUUGUCGGUGCCGCGUGCACCAAUUCUACCGUCGUACUAGGUACAGCGAUUGUGUACAUUAAAGACGCUUGGGAACGAGUACACAGCGUACGCGUAUUACUCGAUAGUGGCUCACAGAUCUCGGCCGUGACUAGUGAGUGCGCAGCGCUUCUUGGACUUUCGAAACGUCGCUACCAGUCUGACAUCGUUGGUUUCGCGCAAAAUCCUGUGUCCCACGUUCAAGGUGUAACCAGUUGUCAAUUUUUGUCCCGUUUUGAACCAGAUUUUUUAUUCCCGUCUGUUGAAUUAGUUAUUCUAAAACAAAUCACCGGUGCCAUGCCGUCCACACGGCUGCCGAUAAACAUGCGUCAACAAUAUCGACACCUCCGUUUCGCGGACGAGAACUUCGACACUCCGUCGCGCAUCGACGUUCUAUUCAGCGCAGAUAUAAUACCUAAUCUUAUUCGCCCACACGCGGGUGUGGAGCAUCGUUUAGGUUUACCGUCGGCCCUCGACACGCAGCUCGGCUGGAUUAUUUUCGGUUCAUUUUCCACUCCGAGCAAGUCACCUCCAGUCACGCUGACCACCGCCGUCGCUCCACCUGCCAUUGGGGAUUUGUUACAAACAUUUUGGUCGGUCGAAGAACCUGCCGCCCCUUCGUCGCCAACGACGGAAGAUCAGUGGUGCGACGACUAUUUUUCUAAAUCUACUUCGCGUGAUUGUACCGGCCGAUUCUGCGUGGCGUUACCAUUUCGUCAUUUGUUCGCGAGUGCAGCUAAACAGCAAGACACCCCGCAAAAACGAUUGACUAAGGACGCCGAGUUGUAUGCUGCUUACCGUAAGUUUAUGUCUACAUAUCAAGCGCUAGGACACAUGGUACCGUUCCCGGAACCCGGUAAAUACUUUAUUUCGCACCACGCCGUGCUUAAGGCCGACGGUGACGUGUCCAAAAUUCGCGUCGUGUUCGACGCUUCGUUCGUUUCGUCUUCCGGUCGCUCACUGAACGAUGUAUUGUGCACUGGACCAAAACUUCAAGUCGAUUUACGCGACAUUCUACUUCGUUGUCGUUUGCAUAGGUACAUUUUGUCCGCCGACAUCGUCAAAAUGUAUCGACAAAUUUUAAUUCGUCCAGAAGACUGGGCAUUUCAACAUAUAUUUUGGCGCAAUUCGCCUACCGACGACCUCGUCGAAUUUAUUUCAGUUGUGUACUGUAACAUACGGUCUUAA